CCGGCCCCUGGGCCUCCUGCUGCUGCCUCCGGGGCCGGGCUGGUGGGCGCUGAGCCUGGGACGGGAGGCGCAUGUUCCGGUCCAGACGGGCAGGGCUGCUCCGGAGGCUUUGGCGAAGCCGGCUGCUCCACUCCUCCGACGACGACGAGGGCCAGCAUGAGCCUUGGAAAGCCCCCCGAGAGGCGCCCUCCAGGCGGCCGAGGAGCCAGGCGGGGGCCGCGGAGGCGGAGGAGGGCGCCCUGCCCGGCGGCUGCCCCGGGGACUUGGAGGAGGAGGAGGAGGCCGAGCUGAAGGCGGCUGCCCACCGGCUGCUUAAGCGCCUGAAGGAGCGGGCCCUGGACCAGCUGCUGGAGGCCGUCGAGUCCCGCGGAGCCAUGCCGGGCCCCUGCCUGCUCCUGCCCCGCAGCGAGCUCCGCCAGCUCCCGGCCCCGCCGGCCCUCCUCCUGGGACGCCUCUUCCGAUGGCCGGACCUGCUGCUCCAGGGGGGCCCCGCCGACGACGCCUCCGUCUCCGCCGCCGGGAGCCCGCUCAAGGCCCUCUGCAGGGAGCUCGCCGGCCCCGGGCUCCCCCGCCAAGCCCCCGACGACGCCCCCGGCUCCGGCUCCGGAGGCUGCUGCUGCUGCAACCCCUUCCACUUCAGCCGCCUCUGCGGGCCAGAAUCGCCACCCCCUCCUUAUUCCCGGCUGUCUCCAAACGACGAGCAAAAACCAUUGGAUCUAUCAGAUUCAACAUUGUCCUACACUGAAACGGAGGCUACGAACUCGCCCAAUAUCACUCCGGGAGAAUUCUCAGAUGCCAGUAUGUCGCCUGAUGCUAUGAAGCAAAGCUCCUGGUGUAGCGUCGCCUACUGGGAACACCGGACGCGGGUCGGACGCCUCUACGCAGUGUAUGAACAGUCUGUCAGUAUAUUUUACGACCUACCUCAAGGAAAUGGCUUUUGUCUUGGACAGCUAAACCUGGAGAACAGGAAUGAGACUGUCCGGCGGACUCGGAGUAAGAUCGGGUAUGGGAUUUUGCUCAGCAAAGAGCCGGAUGGCGUCUGGGCUUACAAUCGCAGCGAUCACCCAAUCUUUGUCAACUCGCCAACACUGGACAUUCCCAACUGUCGAACUUUGAUCGUGCGCAAAGUGAUGCCCGGCUAUUCGAUAAAGGUCUUCGAUUACGAGAAAUCUUGCCUUUUACAACACACCACUGACUUGGAGUAUCCCGACGGGCCUUACGACCCCAACAGCGUCCGGAUUAGUUUUGCAAAAGGCUGGGGACCCUGUUAUUCGAGACAGUUUAUCACCUCUUGCCCUUGUUGGCUAGAAAUUUUGCUGAACAACAACCACAGAUAAGCCAUCAUCAUCAACCUUUGAGGGAGAGCCAAGCGGAACACCAGACUGUCCCAAAAUAUCAUCUACCUAGAUUUAAUAUAAAAGUUUUUAUAUAUAUAUAUAUUAUAUAUAUAUAUAUAUAUAUAUUUUAUAAAAAAAUAUAUAUAUUAUACUUGUAAUUAUGGAGUCAUUUUUACAAUGUAAUUAUUUAUGUAUGGUGCAAUGCGUAUAUGGACAAAAAAAGGAAAAUGCACUUUGGCUUAUAAGACUUUUCAGUACUGUUGUUUUUUUAAGGAGAAGAAAACUAUACUGUACAGCAAAAAGAGAGCGUUUACCAACUUUUUGCUGCAUAGUUUUGUUUUGAUAAUUUACAUCCAGACACAAAGCUAAUACCAGUCACUCAUUGAUAAUAAAAAGUAUUUGCAUUAUA